AAUGGCGUCGGCGCCUUCAUCCUGCAAUGCAAACGCCUCGACUUUCACUAUUGCGACUGGGCUGCCUUUGCUCGUGCCAACCCUCAAGUCGAAAUCACUGUCUCGCCUCGCCCUCGCAAACACCCUGUCAUCAAGGGCACAUACAUCAACGGCCGCGAAAAGGCCAUUUGCGUACGCAGCCUGGAGAAGGAGCAGAUCAUGAAGAAGGCCGAGCUCUUGCGCGAUGCCAGCGGCGACAAGCUGAGAAAGGUCACCAAGCCCGUUAAGAGUAUGAACGAGAGUGUCAGAGGUAUCUGGGAUCCUUUCCACGGCUCAAAGUGGUCGGUCUGA